UUCUCUUCCCCAGCGGGUCUCGGCCUGAGAGCGCGAGUCGCAUCUCUGUGCGCCGGUUGCCCUUCGGCCUGGGUGCUGGGCCCGGCCACUGUCCGGUCCGCACCAUGCGGCUGCUCGGCUGGUGGCAGGUACUACUGUGUGUGCUGGGGCCUCCCGCCCGCGGCCUGGAUGUUGCAGAGGAAAGCGGUCACCCGUUGUCAGGGGAGCAGCCUGCAGCCCUGCUGCAGGCGGAUUCUGGGUACAUGGGUGAAGAGGAGUCUCCCCAGGACCCGACAGGCCAGGACCCAUCUGCAGAAGUGGCUGGUGGGACAGUGCUGACUCUAGACACCAACAGAGACUCCACGGUGAUGUUGUCUGUGAUUCCUGGUGGGGACAAGGGCAAAAUGAUCCCAGAGACCAGUGGUGGCACCUGUGGGGCCGGAAGAGAAGAAGAUUCGUGGUGCAAUCUCCAGGAGAGCCUUUACUCAGUGGAUGUUGCAGGAACCACCUUCCCGGACAGAGAAGAAGAGGAUUACACGGAGCCAGAGGUGGCAGAGUUAGAAGUGGCCCCCACAGAGGACUCCAAUAACACUGAGAGCCUGAAAUCCCCCAAGGUGACCUGUGAGGAGAGAAAUGUGACAGGAUUAGAAAACUUCACUCUGAAAAUUUUAAAUAUGUCACAGGACCUGAUGGAUUUUCUAAACCCAAACGGCAGCGACUGCACUCUCGUCCUGUUCUACACCCCUUGGUGCCGAUUUUCCGCCAGUCUGGCCCCACAUUUUAACUCUCUACCCCGGGCCUUUCCAGCUCUUCACUUUCUGGCACUAGAUGCAUCUCAGCAUAGCAGUCUUUCCACCAGAUUUGGCACCGUAGCUGUUCCUAACAUCUUGUUAUUUCAAGGAGCUAAACCGAUGGCUAGGUUUAACCAUACAGACCGAACACUGGAAACACUAAAAAUCUUCAUUUUUAACCAGACAGGUAUUGAAGCCAAGAAAAAUGUGGUGGUAACACAAGAUGAUCAAAUAGGCCCUCUUCCCAGUACUUUGAUAAAAAGUGUGGACUGGCUGCUCGUGUUUUCCUUGUUCUUUUUAAUUAGCUUUAUUAUGUAUGCUAUCAUUCGAACUGAGAAUAUUCGGUGGCUAAUUCCUGGACAAGAGCAAGAACAUGUGGAGUAAAUCUGAAUAGAGCAGUUUCAAUCCAUUUCAGAAACUGUCGCUAGAAUUUCAUGCAAUUUAUCCAGUGGAGUGUUGAAACACAAUUUAAGUCAGAUUGAAAUAAUCAUGCUUUCAUUGAACUGUUGACAUUGUAAAAAUAAUAUAAACUGGUGUUUUAACUAGUAAGUAUUUGCAAUAAGCAAGUACAAAAAUACUCAAUAGAACUCAUAAUUCUUGUUUUUACUACUUGAAUGUAAUCCAGUGUUUGAAAUGUGAAAAUGUAGUCUAGUUUGGAUAGUGAAUAGAAUGACAAUAUGCUUACUAUGUAGGAGGAAAUAGGCUGUCAGAUUAUAGUUUUAGAAGACUCUUGAUUCUUCAUCUGUAAGGAUGUUUAUCUGCAAGUUCUCAGUUUACAAGCAGUAAAGUGCUGUUAUGGGAAAGAGUAACUAGGAUUGAUAAAUGUUACCUUACAAAUAGUGACUGGCAACUAAUGGGAAAAUAAAAGAGUCACACACUU